UCUACAUCCAAAUAGGACAGUGGGUCGUGACGUCACCAUUCUGGAUCCCGCCUGCGGACGCCGCCGCACUCAGGCUGGGACCCGGCCACUUGCUUUAAAUGGGAAGACCCUCUGCACUGUGGAGGGAGUCUUCUUUUCCACCCUGCCGCGUCACUGGGAUGCAGUUAUUGAAGGCGGGUUCUCGGUCCAACACCUUGGGUGUCCAGCUCGCCACUGUGUGAUCAUUUCUAAAAUUGGAAAGAUGACGUCGCUGCCUAUCCCGACAUGUGGCGCAUCAGACAAACCACGCUUCCUGGUCUUGUUUGAUUUCGAUGAGACCAUUAUCAAUGAGAGCAGCGAUGAUGCCGUGAUCCAAGCUCUGCCAGGUCAGCGGCUCCCUGACUGGCUUAUCAACAGUUACAGAGAGGGUCACUACAGUGAAUACAGUCAGCGAGUGUUGGCCUACAUGGCAGAGCAGGGUGUAACUGAAGACGCAAUCCAUGCAGCGGUGAAGAGAAUUCCGCCAUCACCAGGCUUCCUGGACCUCCUCCAGUACCUGCAGAGCCACCAUGAGGACUUUGAGCUGGUGGUUGUCUCUGAUGCAAACAUGUAUUUCAUUGAAACCUGGUUGGAAUGUGCAGGCGUGCGGCACCUUUUUUUCAAGAUUUUCACCAAUCCAGGUAGUUUUGAUGAGACUGGACGGCUUGUCUUGCAGCCUUUCCACUCGCACCUUUGCUCUGGUUGUCCUGACAACAUGUGCAAGCAGUUGAUUUUGAGGGAGUAUCUGGCUGGGCGGCAGAAGGAGCGUGGUGGUGAACCUUUCCAGAGGAUAUUCUACAUUGGGGACGGUGCCAAUGAUGUGUGUCCGUCUCGUGUUCUGGGACCUCGUGAUACAGCCUUCGCAAGGAAGGAGUUUCCCAUGCACAGACUGCUGAUGGAGAUGAAGACUUCCCAGCCGGCCCAGGUCAAAGCUAAUCUGGUCCCGUGGAACAGUGGAGAUGAUAUUGUGGAUGCUUUGAAGAAAAUCAUGGAAGAGAGAUAAAUGUUGUGAAGUGAUAAAACGAGGAGCAUUCAAACAACACUAAAGCGAUUUUCUUGUUUCUUGUCAACAUAAUAAGACGAACUAAAGAAAUAUUUGUUUCUGAAUAUCUUGUUUCAAUUACAUUUCCACAUAUCAACUGUUCAGUGAAGUUUACAAUUAAGUAAAGUUGACAGCUUUUUUCCAAGCAAUACAUAUCAGGGCUGAUUUAUUUCUGAAAAACGGGAUUGAGCAGCUCCAAUAGCUGCUAUAUGCUGCAAAAACUAAAAUGUUGUACAGACAAUUUGCCGUGCGAGAGUGCUUGUUUCACAAGUUUUGGAGAGCAGCACACAUGUUUUUAUUGCUAUCCCUGUGGGGACAUUGCGAGGUUUCUCAUUUCCAUAAUGCUUUCCCCAGCCUCUCACCCUUAACCUAACCCCCAAAACACAUGGUUAACCUUAAACCAGGACUCUGAACCAAACUAAAACUCAAUUAUAAUAACCCAGCUAUUUUGUAGUUUUAACCCUCAAACUGAGGCUUGACCAAGUGAGGACCAGCCAAGAUGUCCUCACUCACACACACCCACACACAAACACACUGGUAUACACAUGCAAGAAGGACUGGUGCAGCACCACCUCUGCCUUUAACGUAUGUAAAAAACAUCAAGUAUAAAUAUAAUAAUCCGUUUAUAAAACAAUCACUGCUACUAUGUGCACAAAGUGCUUAAAUCAGACGGGUCUCAGCGGUGGUCAGUGAUUUUCUCUGGACUUCAUUUGAUAGUAUGAGCAGCAGUAGCUGCAGCGGCUCCUACCUGACUAGUACAAGGGCCACAUGUGAAAUCUUGGUGUCUAACCCAGACGAGGUUACACAUGAACACUAUUUGUGCACUCUAGCAGCGAUACAUGUACUUUCAUGACAGAAGUGUAAUCCACAUCAGCACCAGUUCUAAACUCUAAUGCUGUCCAACGUCGGCUCAAUAAUUUACUGUGGCAGCCAUGUCAAACUACCUUCACAUCUUGAGUCUGCCAGUGUAAGCUGUCUUCCUUGUGCAUAUGUACUGUAUUUCAUACAAAUGAUUUAAGAGGGGAUGGAGUAUUUACUUAUCAAUAAUGUUCUUUAACACAAAUCUCUUCAAAUGAUUACAUUCAUCUCCACACAGUGGUCUUCUCUUUAUGAGAAGCUGCUUCUGUCAUGUAUAUGGCUUCAUUGUCUGUACAGCUCACAUUUGUUUGUUUACUGAAUUGUUUACAUGCAUAGAUUCUGAUCAUCAUGAAGUUGUGUACCUUAUGUGUGUCCUUUUUUAACUCAUACCAUAAUACGCACAGGAACAUGAGGAACAUAAAGAGAAGUAAGCAUGUUAUGUUAGUAUUGUCUAGAAACAAUGCAUGGACUGGUUCAGUUUUUGUUUUCUCAGGGAGAAGAGGAUGUCAUGUCAGCAUUCUAACAUCAAAUAUUGUCUCAUUAUUUUUUGUUUAACAAGUGCAUACUGGCUGAUGUGUGAGGUCAUCAACCAAUAUCACUGCUGCUGUAUGUGGCAUUCAGUCAAUGGAGAUGAAUGACAACAAUAACUUCUAUUUAUUUUUACUGGAUUGCACAUACAGGUAUGACUUUAGGAUUCCAGUUGAGUUGAGUCGAGAUCAGUGCGAUUCAAUCACUUGAUGGAAAAUGUAAUGCUGUAAUCUAACCAUACUAUGUGUGAUGUGUUGCUGGAAGAGGAAUAUAAAGCCAUUGUAAGUAACUUGUUGGAUUUCAGUGUUUGUUUGAUUUUUUUGUUGUUGUUUUUAUUCUGUCAUGUAUGAUUACUGUGGGCCCAUAUACAGAAAGUCUUAAAUCAAGUACAAAGUCUGAAGCCCAAAGUGCUAUAAAUACUUUGGAAAAUGUGGUAACCAGAAAUUGGGAUAGCAAUGAUUGCAACGCCCCUUUCAAUUCCGUGAAGGUCGGUCAGAAAUGGCAACAACACAAAAGUCUAUUUUGCUUCAAAUUGAAUAAUUAAGACGGGAUGCGUUUUUGAAAUAACGCUGUGGAAGGUCUGGCAACCCACUCCACCAGUCAUGGAAACGCCCUGGUACCUGGCGACCCACCCCACCUAGGCA